AUGCUGACGAGAUUUGAUGUUCGCUCCAGUCGUGUGAAAGGGAUAAGUUUCCACAAAACGCGGCCGUGGGUGCUUUGCGGACUGCACAACGGAACCGUGCAAAUUUGGGACUACCGCGUGAACACGAGCGUUGAUAAGUAUGAUGAACAUAGCGGUGCGGUACGUGGUGUAGACUUUCAUGAUACGCAACCUCUAUUUGUUUCUGGAGGUGAUGACUACUUGGUGAAGGUUUGGAACUACAAGGCGCGCCGUUCCCUCUUUACUUUAAAGGGGCAUAUGGACUAUGUUCGAUCAACUUUUUUCCACCAUGAGCAACCAUGGAUUGUUUCCUCCUCCGACGAUUUCACCGUCCGCAUUUGGAAUUGGCAGAACCGAAGCAGUUUGGCUUGUCUUCCUGGGCAUACGCACUACGUUAUGUGUGCUCGAUUUCACCCUCGGGAUGACAUUGUGGUAUCAGCGAGUCUUGACAGGACAAUUCGAGUGUGGGACAUCUCCAGUUUGCGGGUCCGAAAGCAACAGCCGGGAAUUGCUCAAGAUCUGCUCGGAACCAGUGAUGUGGGUCUUAAAUAUUCAUUAGAGGGCCACGAUAAAGGCGUUAACUGGGUUUGCUUUCAUCCCACUCAGCCACUUAUUGCAUCGGCCUCAGACGACCGCACCGUCCGCGUCUGGCGAAUUAGUAGUACCACCUGCACUGAGGAGGUACAACUGCGGGGGCACACCAACAAUGUGAGUUGCGUUGUGUACACUAAGGAUUAUCUCGUGUCAAACGGUGAGGAUCGAACAAUCCGUGUUUGGGACGUGAAAACACGUUGCUCAGUCAUGCUUUUUCGCCGCGAGUCUGACCGUUACUGGAUGCUAGCGGCGUUACUAGAAAAGAACCUUCUUGCUGCUGGUCACGACUCCGGUGUGCACGUAUUUAAGCUUUUCCGCGAACGUCCUGCGUCGACUAUGAAUGGUAACGUGCUACACUACGUCCACGGGAACGUGCUCCAUUCAUAUAACAUGGAGUCAAAGACAGAAUCCAAGUUCAGUCUCUCACGAAACUUACACCCACCUCUCACCCUUUCUUGCAACCCAGUGGAUAACAUGGCUGUUGUUUUUUACGACAAGGAUGGUGGGUGUGCAUCAACCUUGACAAUUCCCAAACCAGGCUGUACAGUCGAUGCAGAUGUGAAGAAGCGCCUCGGUAUUCUUGCCGCUUUGUUUUAUGCCCCUAAUAAAUGCGCGUUCCUCGACAAGAAUAAAAAUAUAAUUCUGUGUAAUGCACACGGCGAUGGUGAAAAAGUGAUUAAGCACGAAAAAAAUUUAAAGGCCCUCUUUCCAGGGCCUGCAGGAUAUAUUUUACGUCAGACCGAGGAGGGUAUGGAGUUGUUUCACGUGGCUCAGCAGAGUGUGGCCGCAGAGGUUCCAAUAACGGAGACUAAAUAUGUUGUAUGGGACAAAGACUUUACGAAGGUGGCGUUUUUGGGUAUUACCACCGUUCACGUCAUGACAAGGCGCUUGAGGAGCAUUACCUUUUUUUCGGAACCAUCAAUAAGGAUUAAGAGCGCGGCAUUUGAUGAGCAAAGAAAUAUCCUUUAUUACACUACGAGUGACCACCUCAAGUAUUGUAACUUGCGCAACGGGGAGUGCGGUAUCAUUCAGUGUCUCCCUUCCCCGAUUUAUCUUGUUCGUGCGAGUGGUGAUACGGUCUGGGCGCUUUCCCGCAAUGGAAAAGUUGUUGUAAUGGAGCUGAACAAUCCGGAACUUAAUUUUAAACUAAAGUUGCAGCAGCAGGCCUACAGGGAUGUUAUUAAAAUUAUACGCCAAAAACAACUCAGGGGACAGGCGCUUGUUGGUUACCUACACAAACAUGGCCACGACGAGGUUGCGCUGUAUCUCGUCUCAGACCCCUUAACUAGGUUCAACUUAGCGGUAGAGUGCGGCGCCAUGGAUGUCGCAAAGACAGCAGCACUGGAACUAAACCAACCCGCAUUGUGGAGAAGGCUUGCAGAGGCGGCAACCUCAUAUGGGGAUAUUCAUCUUGCACUCUUGGCUCACACAAAGACAGGAAACUUUCAUGGUGCAAGUUUCUUGUCUCUCAUAACUGGAAACAUGUCUGCUUUAGAUCACAUGGUUAACACGGUAAGGGAUGAGAACUUCGGUCUUCACUACGGUAUGUAUCUCGACGAUGCUCAUCAGCGCGUUAAGACAUUGACUAAUACUGGACAACUUCCGCUGGCGUACGUGGCCGCCAAAUCAACUGGGUUGGAUGAAUUAGCAGCUUCGCUCCUCGAAAAAAUGGAUCCUGAUGUUGCAGAACGUAUGCGGCAGACAGAGGUCAAAGUACGGUUAGAGGCGCCGACAGUAACACCAGUUACCGACAAUUGGCCUAUGUUGCAGGUGGAGGAAUCUGUUUUCUCCAGGUUUCUGAGGGAACCCAACUUGCUGAGUGGUGCUGGUGUUGGGAUUGAGGAAGAGGAAUAUGCUGAAGCCGGUGCAGGGUGGGAUGAUGUUGAUGGGCUUCCUAACAGUGAUGACGGAAGUGGCGGUUUGGAUGGGGUUGAGGGCAGUGAAGCUGCAGAAGGUGACGGUUGGGGUGACGAUCUCGAAAUUGAGAUUCCUGCAGAACAGACUGCGGGCGGAGUCGAAGGUGCGCCUUACGUUGUGCCUACCGAACGCCCACCGCUAACGCAGCAUUGGGUUGAAACCUCUUCAUUUCCGGCAUUUCACGUCGCCGCUGGUUCUUUUUCAACGGCACUUGGUUUAUUGCGUCGCCAAAUUGGACUAGGGGAUCCUGCUCCUCUCAAAACUCAUAUGUUGGAUCUGUGGGCCACAGUCAAUGCGUCGCGGCCCAGUUGGCUUAUUCCGUCCGCUAUGUUCCCUCUGACAACAUAUCCUUCUGAGGAGCAGCGUGGGGCGGCGUCUCACUCUCCGUUGUUGCCAGAUUAUAUUCCUCAGCUCACUGAACGGUUGCGUUCCGGUUAUUCUGCGUUUGUUGGAGGACACUUCGCGGAUGCCCAACUCCAUUUUGUUACCGCAUUGCAUCAAGCUGUGUUUACCACCUGCAGGGGUGAGAAGCAAUUUACUACUCUUCGAGAGAUUGUUACUACCGCCUCCGAGUAUGCGCGUGCUCUUAAUGUACAGCUACACUGUCGUAGUACUGAUGGUGCUUCGAAACUUUCACUAGAGUUGUCACUCUACUUUACACAUUUCAAACUUCAGCGGAAUCAUCUUGCUCUGGCCCUUGGUCAAGCUAUGAGUAAAGCCUACAAGUUGAAGAAUUUGAAGAUAGCAGCUUCGGUUGCGAGGAGGCUUUUGGAUCAGGAUCCACCGAAGCAAAAGGCAGCACAGGCUUCAGCAAUUGUUGCUGAAGCUGAGAGAAAUCCAACAGAUGCUGAACCUGUGGACUAUGACGAGCGCAAUCCAUUUGUGCUUUGUUCUGUUUCUCAUAGGCCAAUGUACAAGGGAACAGUUGAUCCCAUUCGAUGUGGUUACUGCUUUUCCCCUGCUAUGCCUAAACAUAAGGGCGAAAUAUGUCCCGUCUGUCGUAUAGCGUUUCUUGGUGCGGACUGCUCUGGACUUGCAAAUCGUACGUGA